AUGGAAUGCCAAAAGACACAUGGUCAGCUGGUUAUUCCCAUUUUUUACAACGUUGAUCCGUCGGAGGUGCGUCGUCUUGGUGGUGCUUUUACUCUCGGACGGGGAGAUAUGCCGUUGUUGAUGAGGUGGUUGAUUGCACUUAACCAAGUUGCUAAUUUGGCUGGUUGGCAUCUUAGGGUGCUUAGGACUGAAGCUGAAGCAGUGAAGCAAAUAGUAGAUGAUGUUUUAACAAAACUAGAAAUAACUUUCUUGUCUGUUACGGAAUUUCCUGUUGGAUUAGAAUCCCGCGUCCAAGAGGUAAUUGAGUUUAUUGAAAGUCAAACAUCAAGGGAAGGUUGCGUAGUAGGGAUCUGGGGAAUGGAGGAUAGAAGCUUCAUUGAAAAUAUUAGAGAAGUUUGUGAGAAUGAUAGCAGAGGGCAUAUUCAUUUGCAAGAACAACUUCUUUCUAAUGUCCUCAAGACAAAGGUGGAGAAGAUAAUUAGCAUUGCAACAGGGGCAGCUAUGAUUAAGAAAAGACUAUUGGGAAAAAGGGCACUGGUUAUACUUGAUGAUGUUACCACAAAUGAGCAAUUAAAAGCCCUAUGUGGAAAUGGUAAAUGGUUUGGUCAAGGAAGUGUAAUAAUUGUUACAACCAGGGAUGUAAGAUUGCUUAAUUUUCUUAAAGCUGACUAUGUUUGUAGUGUGAAAGAAAUGGACCAAAAAGAGUCUCUUGAGCUUUUAAGUUGGCAUGCUUUUGGAGAAGCAAAUCCCAGAGAAGACUUGAUUGAACUCUCAAGAAAUGUAGUUGCUUACUGUGGAGGGUUACCACUAGCUCUUGAAGUCCUUGGAACUUACUUAAAUGAAAGAACAGAACAAGAAUGGAAAAGUGUACUAUCAAGACUGGAGAGAUUUCCCAAUCAUCAAGUACAAGAGAGGCUGAAAACAAGCUAUGAUUGUUUAAGCAAUCAUUUGGAAAAGGAUAUUUUUCUUGACAUAUGUUGUUUCUUUAUAGGCAAGGACAGAGCUUAUGUUACACACAUACUAAAUGCAUGUGGACUUUAUGCUGAUAUUGGAAUAACGGUCCUUACUGAGAGGAGCCUCAUAAAAGUUGACAAGAAAAACAAGCUUCGAAUGCAUAAUUUGGUACGAGACAUGGGAAGAGAAAUUGUUCGUGAAAGCUCAGAAAAAGAGCCCGGGAAACGUAAUCGAUUAUGGUUUCACAAGGAUAUGCAUGAUGUUUUGCCAAAAAACACUGGAGCAGAAACUGUUGAGGGAUUGGCUUUUCAAAGAACCAAUAGAGUAAGCUUCAACACUAAUGCUUUCAAGGAAAUGAAGAAACUGAGACUUUUACAACUUGAUGGUGUUGACCUCACUCGAGAUUAUGAAUAUCUUUCCAAAGAACUCAGAUGGAUCUCUUGGCAAGGAUUUACCUUCAAAUAUAUACCCAAUGACUUCCAUCAGGGAAAUCUAGUAGUUUUAGAAUUAAAGUACAGCAGUAUUAAACAUGUUUGGAAGGAAACCAAGCUCAUCCUAAAGGAUUGUCCAAGUUUGGUUGAGCUACACCGGUCCAUAGGAGAACUCAGGAACAUUCUUCUUAUAAAUUUGAAGGACUGUACAAGCCUUAGCAAUCUCCCAAUGAAGAUCUAUCAGUUGAAAUCUUUGAAAACUCUUAUCCUUUGUGGUUGCUCAAAAAUUGACAAGUUGGAAGAAGAUAUAGUGCAGGUGGAGUCCUUGAAAAAAUCACUUUUGCAAAAGAUGUCGGUGUAAAAGAAAUCUCAUCUUUUUCCUUGAGAUCACUUUUGAUUGAAAUGGGAUGCCAUUUAGUCAUGGAUACUCUUAGCA